UGUGUCUUGAAAACAAUGGUGGAUGUUCGGACAACUGCUCCAUGGAUAACUCUACAUUCACUGUCGUCUGCUCGUGUCCGAAGGGCUUUGUGGUGGGAAGUAACAAGCGCGCCUGUAUUAGAGACGAGUGUACAGUAGAUAACGGUGGCUGUAGCCAUUUCUGUGUCCAUAGAGAUUACAAUGACCACAGCCACUGUCAGUGUCCAGUGAAGGAUCUGGUGUUGAGGCAAGAUGGAAAAACAUGUGAAUCUCCCGAUGUCAACGUAACCUGCACCGACCAACACAUGCAGUUAGACCUGCUUCGUUCAGCAUUCCAUGGUCUUAACGAGAGCCAGCUCCAGUUGGCGGACCCUUCCUGCCAAGGCACAGGCAACCAUACCUUCAUCACGUUCAGGGCGCCCCUGCACGGCUGUGGCACGAUCAUGAAUUUCACCAACUCCUCGGUUGUGUAUUCCAACAUCGUGUCUACCAGGCCCAAUUACCUCUCUCUAAUGAGUGGUGUCGUCACUUGGGCCGGCACGAUCGAGAUUCCAUUUGAGUGCAAGUAUGCAAGGGACCACUGGAUCACCGGAAGCUUCAAGCCAGUUGUAGAGAAAUUGAGAUUCAAGGAAAAGGGUCGAGGGAACUUGACGUUCGACAUCCAACAGUUCCAAACCGAUAAUUUUUCGACUCCAUACUCCGAAAAGGACUAUCCUGUGUCCGUGAAGAUUCGUGACCAGAUGUAUUUCGUGCUGAGCGUGAACACGACGUCCCCGGAUGUGAAACUGUUCGCGGACACGUGCAAGGCUACACCCUCUUCCAGCCCCUUCGACUUCCUCCAGUUCAACUUCAUCAUUAACGGGUAA